AUGCCGAAGCGUUCCUGGAAUCAAGUCGACGGAGCAGCGACACAACCAAUUCGUCGUGGCGCAAACAGAGCCUCAACAAAAGACGUUCACAUUAAGUCCGGAAGUCCCAGUAGCCCGGACGAUGUCAAGGCCAACUUUUCACAUCCUCCAACCCCGACCUUGACAGAUGCCGGGUCAGAGCCUCGAUCUGCGAAAUCCGGAUCACGCCAGAGAGCUGCUAGCAUUCACUCAGACGAUAAUGAGCAGAUGGCAUGGCCGUCUAUUACGCGCAAGGUGAAGGCUUGUGCGGCCUGUCUUAGCCAUGACUUGACCAUCAUGCACUCGGCACUCGAGCAGACAUUGCGCGCAUUAUCUCUCCCAACGCUACCUUCUCUACACACCCCGCUACCAGAGCUCGGAAGUUUUCAAGAACCAGAAGCCCCGAUUACUCAAACAACCGAGUCGAUUACCGCUAGAGACCCUGAAACCUCUUCUCAGCUACAACCGGCUCAGGAGACGUCGUCACAUAUUCCAAUCGAGUCGCUAUACGAGCUCACCCGCCUGCGCUCCCUACGAGGAGAAACAGUAGAAGAACUGCCCUCGAAUCACGACGACUUCAUCUCCCGCGGGCUGGUGCCUGUUGACGAAGCCGAGAAACUAUUCCACUUUUAUCAAACCCAGCUAGACCCUUAUAUCUAUGGUCUAGCCAGCAAGUACAAGACAUUAGAAAGCUUACGACGAAGUUCCUCUUUACUCACAGCCUGCAUCUGCACAGUCGCAGCAUCACAUCAAGCCGGUAAUGGUCAACUGUACGAAACCUGCAACCAGGAAUUCCGCCGAUUGGUUUCUAGCUCAAUGUUUGAGCGCCGCAUCAGUCUGGAUUAUUUGCGUGCGUUGGUGAUUGGCUCGUAUUGGUUGAGUGAUGUUUCGUGGACACUAGCUGGUCUGGCUGUUCGACGAGCGAGCGAUAUCAACCUUCACAAGUUCUACUACCGCAUCAUCGAUUCAGCAAAUGAGUUUGCGCAGACGCCUAAAAGCUGGGAUCUAUCAGAUCCUGAAGCGUCGAUUGAUCCUGUUCGGUUGUGGUAUUUGCUCUAUAUCUGUGAUCAGCAUUUGUCGAUAUUGUAUACCCGAGCACCCAUGAUUCGAGAAGAUGAUACCAUUCGUGGGUGGCGUUCAUACCUCGAGUCUCCGCAUGCUUCGCAAUCGGAUAUCCGAAUUUCGUCGCAGGUAGCACUUAUGACAUUACUCAGUCAGAUUCGCGAAUUUUUCGGCGUGGAUGCCUCCAAGUCUAUUCCUCGUGGCGCGAUGCCUCAUAUCAACACGUUCAGCCAUCACCUCGAUAAAUGGCUGGCUCAUUGGUCUUCCAAACUCCGUCCCAACGAACAUAUCGGCAAUUUCCCCUCCAAAGGAGUCCUGCUGCACUAUCACUUCGGCAAACUUCAUCUCUAUUCUCACGUCUUCCGCGGCCUUAAAUCCGGCGACCACAUCGAACAUAUUCCCUCCUACUUCAAAGACGCAGCCUCAACAGCCGUGUCACACGCCACCACCAUUUUGGAGCUUCUGCUCGGCGACGCCGACAUUCGUCGUAGCAUAAUCGGUGUACCGCACUACUUCCACACCAUGGUCGCUUUCGCAUGCGUCGUGCUACUCAAAGUCGCGGAUCGGUAUCGCGACGAUCUCGGCAUCGAUGUUGCGUCCACCCAUUCACUCAUCCAGCGCGUGAUCGACUUCUUUAGGCACGUGAAAUGCGGACAGUAUCAUCUUGUGCAUUGGAUGGCCGAUGGGCUUGCGAAGAUGCUUGCACAAUCUUCUUCCGCCCAGAGUUCAAGGGAUAGUAUGAGCAGUGACAGCGUCAAUGGCAGCAUCAACGGUAGCAUUAACAGUAGCGCUCACUCAAAUGUUCCUCUGUCGUGGGAUAACACACAUACCCGCACCAACAAUCAAACCAGUGGGAAUCUCAGAGGGGGGCUCAAUACAAUGAGCCCCUCUCUCGUCCACCACGAAAAUGUCGAUAACACCUUGUUCAACAGCGUCAGCGAAAUACCUGAACAACCAUCGUUUCUGUCACUAGAUCCCAAUUUCGGUCAUCUCAAUGCCGAGGACGAUGAUCAUGGUAUGAUGGUUGGCGGCGGUGCUGGUAUUGGAAUGACCGGUGGAGGUGCGUUUUUGCCGAUGCUGGAUGGUAUUGAAGGAGGUGGUGAUUAUGGUUUGACUGAUUUGAGUUUCAAUUUCGUAUAA